UUUGUAAGUUUGAAGUAUCAAAUGAGCAGUCACUGCAUUACUUCCUGCUUUUGGAGCCCCUCAGUGGUCACAUGUGAGGGAAUGUUGCCAUUGGUUUUGCCAGAGAUUAGAAUGAACUUUGUCUCAUUUCCUCUUAAAAAGGAAAGAAGAGUCUCGACUUGGAUCAAUGCGCUGUAUUCUGGAGUAAAGAAACUCAAAACCCACGGACUUGCAUUUGGAUUCACCUGAAACCUUUUUGUUGGGGCGUCUUACAGUUGAUCAGUCGAUACUGUUGGAACCCAGCGUGCGCUUUGAACUGUGAGCUGAUUCAGAACAGGUGAGUUACAUAGGCAUGGCGGCAGUGAGACAAAAAAGUUAAAGAUCUGUAGGAUUUAAUGGUAUGUGGGGGAGAGAGGGGAACUAGUUUAUUUUACCAGGAUAUGAAAAGAGGAAGUCUAUCUUUAAGUUGGAGACGCUUAAAUAAGAUUUUACGCAUUGUUGGCACGUUCCUUGACGUUGACUCAUUAAGAUUAAAUGUUUUCCCUCUAUGACACAGAAUGAGUCCACUGGAGUGGAGGGAAAACUGUCCCCACGGUAUUAAUCUGACACCGAUGUCCUCUUGGGUGUUGUCCAGAUAAAGGGAAGUCAACUUCAACUUGGCCAAAAAGCAUGUACGACAGCGGAUCGGAUGAUGCUGGAUAUGAACCAGCUGUCAGCAAUGCUGACGCCCACAGCCGGAGUGGGUCCAAACAGGGCACCGUUGUGGAUAGACUCUCGAGGUAUGGCGUGCAGGUCAUGCCGGGUGCUUUCCAGCAGCGUAGGUCGCGGCUGCAGAGGCAGAGAGAGGUCACUGACAGCUCUGUGCCCGGACCCGGAGGACUCCAGAGAGAGGCUCCGGAGAGAAUCACGCUCACACCCGCCUCGCGUAAAAAGUACCUGAAGGAGCUGCUCCUGAGUAAUUCAUCUCAUAGCGGGCUUAGCAGCGUGCUUUCCUCUCAAACUGAGAGUGUGUCCACGGAGCAGGACACAGACUGGGCUCUGUACCCGAUGGAGCACGCGUGGAUGCUGAGCGCAGUGGAGGGCAGCUAUGAAACCAUCCUGGAGUUUAUCUCAUCGGACCCGAAUCUUCUCACGAGGAAGGAUUUCAUCAGCGGGUACUCGGUCCUGCACUGGCUGGCUAAGAGAGGUCAGGACGAGACCUUGUUGAGACUCCUGCGGUUCGCUGAUGGUGCGGGGAUCCCCGUGAAUGUGAACGUGCGGGGCAGCGGCGGACUGACCCCGCUGCACGUCGCCAGCAUGCACAGACAGUACAUGGUCAUCAAGCUGCUGGUGGGGGCUUUCGGUGCCAACGUUGAUGCCAUGGACUAUAACGGGAAGAGACCCUGGCAGUAUCUGGAGGGAGACGCCCCGCCAGAGAUGAAGGAGCUGCUGGGGACCUGGGACGAUGAGCACAGCUGUGGGUGUGGGCCAGAUGACAACAAAAACAGCAACAAUAACAGCGCUGGGGCGGUGAGCAUGAGCGCGCAUGAUGAGGUGGACAGCCAAGAAGAGGUGAUGAACCCCUUUGACCGGACUAAGAGAGGGGGCAGCUGGAGGUUUGGGUCUCUGAGGAAGCUGCUGCCCACCUUUUCAUUUCUAGGAAAGAAGACCUGAAAACUGUGAGGCACUUUGGAGAUAUACUUAGUUUCACAUCCAGUGGUUUACAACUGGCUUCUGAACUUGUCUCGUUACAAACUCAUUGCUUGUAAAUUCAGUACUUACAGUUAACCAAGUGACAUGUGCCUAACUCAUUACUCUAUUUCUUGAACUAAACUUGAAUUAUGUCAAAAAUAGUUCUGUUAUUACUGACACCAGUGGGAAAGGGUACCAAUCGUCCCAGUAAACCUGCUGGUUAUUUUCUGUAAUGUAAAAUCUAAAUCAUUCUCAAACCCAAACCAAGGUUCAUCACUCCUGCCAUAUUCCACACAAAUAAAACUCAGUAUCAAGUCAUCCAGUGUAUUCAGUAAAAUGAUCCAUCUGCAUUGCACCAUCUUGUCUUAAACCAUGUGUACACUUCUUCCCAAAAUGUCCUACCGCUGACCCACUUCUGCUUUACGUAAACAAUCUAAUAGUCAUGGCUGACGUGGCGAACUUCUCCAAUUUUAAGUCCUCCAAUAAUCAUUUCAUAGUUUAUUUUGGGCAUCUCGAGGAGCAGUGCUAUCUUUGGCUCGAGCAACAAAGCCAGAGCUUGAAUUCCUCCCCAGUCUCCCAUAGAGCAGUAAUUCAGAAGUAUUUGCUGUGUGGUCGAGAGGGUGAAACCCCCUUCAGAGUGCUUCUGUUUUUUGCAGAGCUGUGUCAGCACUUCCUCUCACCAUGAGAUGUUUGGUGUCCGCAGGAAAAACACUCAAGCUCUUAAGGUUAAAAGUCUCAGCUACACUUAAAAGGAAAGUCAGACUGUGCUGCAUCAUUUCAAGUUUGAUCACAGAUCUUUUAUUGUCAAACAUGAGCAUAACCAGAGUAUCUGUACAAAAAGACUGCUGCUCCAGAUAACAUGGCUCCCUCCCUCCCUGUGCUCAGAACCAGCAGCUGAAGGUCCUGGCAGAUGUUGGGAUGGAGGGAUGCAGGGAUCCACGGACCCUCAUGUUUACAGGCCGAGCUUGGUCCUCCUCCAGUGUCUCCUCUUGGAGUUGUACCUUGAUCACAAACACAAAAAAUGUCAGAACAUAUUUGCGCAGUGGAGACAGCAAAAAAACCUGGAAAAACCCUUCAUCUUUAUUACCCCUGCCAUCAGGAGUCAUCGGUUUAACCCGACAGUGGCUGCUCCACAUAAAAAGGUUGUCGGAUUAGGUUUACUGUUGAAUAGUUAAACUUGUCACAACCUUUAGAGUUAUCAAAAACACUGCCAUGCUUUGUAAACUGAUCUCAAGUCUUAUUUACUCUAGAUUCAGGGGAAAGUAAUUCCCAGAAAGUACUCAAAUCCAUUAAGCCACUGAAGACUGUUUACAACUGGAGCUCUAAAUUUUCAAGUAACCAGUUUCAUAGACCACGAAGUGUGGAUAACUACCCUGAUCACAGCAACCUCUAUAAUUUACCAUCAAAUAUUUGCAGACCAGAAUAAUAAAACUAUCCCGUAGUGAAUUAAAGUUUUGAAAUUGGCUCAUAAAUCACUUUUUAGAAGAAACAUUAAUAACAGCAAUUUUAGGACUCGAUUCAGUAAUUUCUGCAAGAACUGACGCUAAAGGAAAUACAUCAGGCAAUUAAGUGAGCAGAUAAAAUGUUCUGGCACACAGUGUGAUGUUUGGCUAACAGAGCGUCCUUAUCACACACAGUGAGCAGGAGUAAGAGCUCUGCAGCAGAAAGAUGCUCUCAGCAGGGUUAAUGACAGCACUCUACUGCAAUGUAGUGCUGCAAUUGCAGACCUGCUUUGAAUAACAUGGAAAUCCUGCUUCUAUCCUGCAUUAGUCAGCCAUUAAAUCACCUUAACUCUAAGUGAUAACAGAGAUGUGGUACAGAACAUGCAGGCUUACAGUGCACAACUGAAAAAAAAAAACAAAGUACAACAUGUACAAGAUUCAACAUCCUACACAUCUUUGACAGUGUUCACAUGUUAUAAACUCAUUCAGUUUAACUGCUACUUCCUUUAAAACCAAGUUUCGGUAUGUGUUUGUAUACCAGGCUGUCAUAUGCUAUUGCACUGCAGGUGUAAUAGUUGUACCUUGAUUGUCUGAUGCAAACCAAUAGAUUGGUUCAGAAAUAAAAUGUUAAAUUAUAGAAAUUAGUGUGCACCUUUACUUUGUCCAUAGCAGAGGCUGUAUUUUGUUGGGCUGUAGUCUUUUGCUGCGUUCGAGUUACCUGGGAAGUCAGAAGUCCGAGCUGAAAAUGACAUCACACCCGAGUUACCAGCGUUUCAGUUACCAAGCCAGAAAAAAGCAAAAUCGGAGGCCUGAAACAAGAUGGCUACAUCUACGAAAGUUACUCUAGCAUUUGCCUUAUGUUCAGACAAGGCUAGCACUAAAUUAACUUUUGUAGAUGUAGCCAUCUUGUCUCUGCCUCAGAUUUUGCCUUUUUCUGACUUGGUAACUCGGGUGUGACGUCAUUUUCAGCUCAGACCUCUGACUUCUGAGGUAUCUCGAACGCAGCACUAGUCCAUUGUUUUUGUUAUGAUGUAAAUAACCUUAUACAUCAAAGCAUGAAACUGUGGUUUACAAGUACAGAAAAUCCCUAAAAUUAAGACAGCUACCACAACCUUACUAUGGUCUUAAAUAUACAUAAUAACACUGAGAACUAUUGUACUGUGCUUUUUUGAGUUUCAGUAUAAUACAUCUGAUAAAUCCUCAGACUACUGGGUAAACACAUGAGGAGUCUAACAGAGUGAAUGGGAGAAGAGUUUGGCAUACUGAAACAGCUGAGUUCAUUGUUAGUUGAAUGCAGACAGGGAGUGCAAGUUUCUUCCUACUCAACCAUUUCCCUACUUACUGAACAAUACUCUGCAUUAACUCUGGUUUACACUGGCCAUUCAUCAGAAUCAGCUUUGGUCAAAUAUGUGUACAGAUGCAAGGAGUUUGACUGGUAAACAUGACCAUUUCCUCACGUAUCAUUUCUGAACAAGAGCUUGAAUUCCGAAUGAGAACAGGUUUUAGUUAUCAUGUCUGUUGCAGCUUGUUUCUAUUUGAUAUUCUAUCUGCAGUACCAUUGCAUCUUUAAAGCCACAGGUUGAAAUGAGGUGGUAGUACUAGCAGCCUGCAUCAGUACAAGUCAAGGUGUAAAUGGAGGUAAAUAAGAUUCACCAGUGACUGGCUGGCUCACUUGGUUGUAUCCAUAUAAUCACCAUUUGAGAACACGUCAGCUCAGUUUUCUACCGUUCACACUGCUGUAAACGAAAAUAAAAGCACGCAAACUUCAUGGACUCACCUGAUCUUGUUGCCAGUCUUCAUUCUGAUCCACUGAGGGAUGGGCCUGUUCUGUUUCUGCUUCUUAGCGAGGAAGCGCUUAAUCCUGAAAGUCUUGUGGGACGAC